CACGGUCAGUAAUGUUGAAGAUUAUUGCCGAGUCAUAGUCACGAAAGAUAUUCGAGUAAAAUAUACACGGUGAUCGCGCUAGAGCGUUUGAAUAAAAUGUCGGACUACUUCGAAGAAAUGGGCUGGACACCGUUGGGCGAUGGCGAGGCACCAAAUCAUUUGAUACAUAUGGCGCGGUUGUUGAGAGAUUCAGGUAUGUGGGAAUUGCUCGACCAAGAUACGAAAUUACCGCCACCCGCAUCAAAAGAAGCACUGAAUACUUUAGAAGACAUUCAAAUUUCUUCGAGUGAAUCGAAACAGUGUCCCGUUUGUAUAAAAGAAUUCGAAAUAGGUAAUUUGGUAAAGACUUUACCUUGCCGUCACACUUUCCACAAGGAUUGCAUUAUUCCGUGGUUAGGAAAGACCAACUCGUGUCCGCUCUGUAGAUACGAGUUACCAACCGAUGACGAAGACUACGAAAUGUACAGAAAGGAAAAAAAGAGAUCCGUACAGAGGAAAAAGGAUCUCGAGACUUUACAUGAUUCUAUGUUCAUGUAGUGGAAUGGACAAACAGGGUUACGAUUAAUGACAUACGCGUAUGUUGGAACAUUUAACGAGCUCGAGCAAAGACAUUUUCCAGUUUCUUACCAUCAUAUAAUAUUCCCGACCGUGACGUUAUCGACGAUCGGUGGUUAAUUUCAUUUCACUUGAGAAAAUACUUUUUUUUUUAUCGUUAUCAGAGUACAAUCAUUGUUUUUACAUUGUCAUAUAUUUAUGUAUUUAUUACAACGAAGGUGAAAUUAAAGCUUAGGAAGGUACUAUUGACUAAAUAUAAUGAUAAUAUUGGGAACGUGUAAUUAAUUGUAACGGAGAAGAUGGCCAAUAAAAAACCGAUGAUUAUUAAUAGGAAAUAAUGUUUAUUAUACAGUGUACAUAUUUAUUAACUUCAUUUAUUUUAUUUCUGUUAUAAAUUUUAUAUUAAUAAUUGUAUUAUGCUUUGCCGAGCGACGAAUGCCUUGAUCAGUGUGCGCUUAGACUAUAACAAUCUCCGUAAAAAGUAUAGAAACUUCUGGUUUUUAUUUUGUUCAUUUAUUCUUUUUUUUUUUUUCUUUUUAAUUGUCUCUAUCUCUCUUUCUCUCUUUCUCCCAUUUAGUUCUCCGUUUUUCAGCCCUGUUACGCGACCAUCGUAUGAAUCUUUACCAGCAAAGAGAAUCGCCAAAAUAUGUCGCGCUGAAAACGGCAUAAUCGUUCGGCAUAUACAAAUAAAUAAUAGUACUGUCGAAGUUAAAGUAAA